AUGGCGGCUCUAUUUGUAAAUCAUAGAAAAGUGAAAGAAUUUCGGCACACUGCACAUGUACAGAAUAUGCUAGACAAUGAGAUGUAUGCCAGAUACAGAUAUACGAAUGGUGGAAUAGAUUAUCUAGAGGAUUUGCUGAAGGAAUCGCUGGAAAGAACGACAAGAAGAAACAGAGCACUUACUGUUAGACAGAUGAUUCUGAUUACGUUGCGCUUCUUCAUCACAGGAGCAUUUUUUAACAUCAUUGGUGAUAGUAUGGGCUACCACAAGUGCACUGUGUCACGUGUUGUAGCCCAAGUAACAGAAGCAAUUUGUGGUCACAUACAUCAGUUUGUGAUGUGGCCUGAUGCCAAUGCUCGAGCAUGGAAUAUGACAGAAUUUUUUAAGAAAGCUGGUUUCCCGAAUGUUGUUGGAUGUGUAGACGGAACACAUAUCCGAAUCCAGGCGCCAUCCGAAGACGAACCAGCCUUCGUGAAUAGGAAAGGCUUCCAUAGCAUCAACAGAACAGAACAGAACAGAACAGAAUGCAGGCUGUAUGUGACAUCAAAGAGUCUAUGCAUACAGAUUGUGAAGAGUUUGGAAGGUGCAGGACGAAGUGAACCAUUACCCAAGUGA